AUGGCGGUGACAAAGUUGUUAUUUGCUUUUUUAGCGAUUUCCGUCAUUCAUUAUGUUUGUGGGGAUAUUUCAUCUGACUGGAUCCUGUUCUACAGAAACAUUUUCAGCUCAUACAAUAAGAAUAUCUUCCCCAGAGAAGAACAAUCCGACAAUGUUACUGUAAAACUUACUUAUUACCUCAACGCCAUCAACAAUUUUGACGAAAUUUCAGGAGUUUUGAAGACGGUUGGAUUUUUAGAAGUAGAGUGGGAAAAUGAACUUGCAGCAUGGGCUGAGAAACCACGCGGAAUGUCUGCUCCUAUUCCAGACACCAUGAUUCCGCUCACGGAUCUUUGGCAUCCACCAAUAACACUUGCUAACUCCGUCACUUCACUUGCAGAGCUUGGAUCAAACAAGGAUUUAGUCUGGGCAAAAUUUUCUGGGACACACAUUUGGCGACCUGCAGUUAUUCUGUCUUCUUCGUGCUCUACAAAUCCUCUUUAUUUUCCUUUUGAUACUCAGAAAUGUAACUUGACUUUUCGCGCCUGGGAUCAUAUAUCUUCAGAGAUCUUAUUAACUGCUCCGGACUCAAAAGUAAAUUUAGAUUUUUACGCCCCAAGUGAACAAUGGGAAUUAAUGGACUCAGAGGUCCUAAUCUGGGAAAGAGAUCGAAAUUCGUAUGUAACAUUUACUUUGAUAAUACGGCGAAUUCCGCUUUGGUUUAUCAUUAAUAUGGCAGCACCUAUUGGGUUGUUAGGACUUCUGACAACUUUUGUUUUUCUGCUCCCAAUCGAAGAGGGCCGUGUUGGAUACGCUUUGGGAUCAUUUCUGACAUUUUCUGUCUAUUUGUCUUAUAUUAUCGACAGUUUGCCGAAGGCUUCAGAUCCUAUGUCGUAUUUGACAAUAUACAUCGUGAUUCAAGUUAUUAUGAGUGGAAGCGUUUCCUGCAUUUCGGUAUUUACCGUGCGGUUGUACCUUAAAGAUGAGUAUGCUAGAGUUCCAACAUGUCUUGCUCUCUUUAUUGGUUUCAUCUGCUGUAGAUUCUGUGCAAAGGAUGAAUUUGAUGACAUUUAUAAACCGGAAGAACCUGUUGUUAAGGAAAUCGGUAACACCACGGAAAUCGACAGCGAAAAUGAACCACCACAGAGAGAACAUAUGAAACCAGAGAGUCUGUCUUCUAGCGUCAAAUUCGGCGUCCCGAAUAUCAAGUGGAAACCAAUAGAUGCUGACAGAGAUGACGAGGAAGAUGCAGAUAAACUCGGCCCAAUCACAAUACCGCGGGUUGGAUGGAAAAUGGUGGAAAUUGAUGCAAAAGAUUGA